AAACAGCAUGGCGACGCCGCAGAAAUAUGUAACAACUGCAGUCUGGCCAUAAUCAUAUCCUAAAUAUAUCAUUUAACAUUCGGUUUGGUUCAUGUGCUCUUAAAUAUGUUUUCUUUGGUGUGCAGUUAGUUUGGUUUCGUUUGAGCAGAGUUAAUUCAACGACUACAUUUCCCACAAUACCGCAGUGGUUACCGGAAGCUCCUACGUGUUCGUUUUCCGCGACUCUCCAGGAAGCGUCAUAAACAGCUACACAAAACACCAAGAAAAGUUGGUUUCCUUCGAGCAAGGAGAAGAACAAAAAGUGAUGUUGCCAACUACCAGCCAAAGCAGCAAUGGUGCACUCGGUUUGAGGGAUGCUGCUCGUCACACCGCGGGCGCCAAACGUUACAAGUACUUGCGGAGACUGUUCCAUUUCAGGCAGAUGGACUUCGAAUUUGCCCUUUGGCAGAUGCUUUAUUUGUUCACGUCGCCACAGAGAGUCUACCGCAACUUUCACUACAGGAAGCAGACCAAGGACCAGUGGGCCCGGGAUGACCCAGCUUUCCUCGUGGUGCUCAGCGUCUGGCUAUGUGUGUCAACAAUAGGCUUUGGCCUGGUGCUGGACAUGGGCGUUCUUGACACAUUGAAGCUCCUGCUCUGGGUGGUGUUUGUUGAUUGCAUAGGAGUGGGGCUCCUUAUAUCAACUCUCAUGUGGGUGAUAAGCAACAAAUACUUACUGAAACACCCACACCGAGAUUUUGAUGUCGAGUGGGGUUAUGCGUUUGAUGUUCACCUCAAUGCUUUCUACCCGCUCCUCGUCAUUCUGCAUUUCGUACAGCUCUUUUUCAUCAACCAUUUGGUGAUGAUAAACUCUGAGUGGUUCCUGGGAUACUUUGUCGGAAAUACGCUGUGGCUUAUAGCCAUUGGUUAUUAUCUCUACAUCACCUUCUUGGGGUACAAUGCUCUGCCGUUCCUGAAGAACACGGUGGUGUUACUCUACCCCUUCGCCUUGCUCGCCUUCCUCUACAUCCUGUCCGUCUCACUGGGCUGGAACUUUACGCGAGGUCUCUGCUGGUUUUACAAGUACAGAGUCCAAUAAGAACGGCGCGAUGGAAGAUGGACAUUGUGACAAGUGACACAUUGGAUACAGUAAAUUAGGACACUCGCUCACCCGAUAUUGACUCUUUAAAGACUCCUGUUUUUUGUGUUCGAGUUGGGAGACGCGCCGUCGGUACUCAGAGCCGUGUUGGAAAUGGUUGCAGAAACAAGGGAGCAGUCAAUCAAAUCAAAGUAAGUCUGUGUGGAAGACACUACACUGUAGAACCGAGUCAUAAAGGUCACUUCCUAGUAAAACCAGCAGAAAGCACAUCAAUGUAGUCCAGGACCAUCAUGCCUCUGGUGUUUGUUCCAUCCAGCUCCACCGUCACAGCCACCUGCACCAGCAAGAUCACAGACAUCUUUCCACCUGCCCACUCCACUAAAAGUUGUCAAGAAUGGAGUUACCUCCUCGCUUUCUGUCACCAAGUUGUCACUGAUGGCUGCAGCCACAGCGUAGGUGUCGCAGGUGUUGAAACCCGAUCCUGACACCAGCUCUUUUUGAUACCGAUCCGUCUGCACCAUCUUCAGGUCAAGGACAUGUCAAAUUGCUUAAAGCUGCUGUGUAUUAAAACUGAAUUGUUA